CCACACUGUGCUGCAGCUUCCCAGUCCAGGAGGAAGAGGGCCUGGUUGUUGUGGGCUGGACCGGUUCACUGACCAACAUUAUACUGCAGGUCACCGCAGGACAGAGGAGCAACAGGCUGCCAGUGAGAGAUUGAAUCCAGCAGUCACAAUGGCAGACAGUGGGAAGACUAAUGAGACUGGAGCCGCAGCAGCAGAACCAGCUAAUGGAGACCAGCAGAAUGUUGUUUCCAGAGUGAGCAAUUUGCCUCUGGUCAGUUCAGCUUGCGGGGUGGUUUCCAGCGCCUACAGCAGCACCAAAGACAGCGUGCCCUUGCUGAAGGGAGUGAUGGAUGCAGCAGAGAGUGGGGUCCGAACCCUGGGAGCAGCUGCCACGACAGGGUCCAAGCCUCUUUUGGACAUUAUAGAACCACAGCUUGCUACAGUGAAUGAGUAUGCCUUGAAAGGUCUGGAUAAGAUGGAAGAGACGCUGCCUAUCCUUCACCAACCAGCAGACAAGGUGGUGUCGGACACUGUGGGCAUGGUGUACCAGUCGGUGGCGGGGGCCAAAGAUGCCGUAAUGGGGGCUAUGAUGGGCGGCGUCGAGCUGACCCGGGCAGCGGUCAGUGGAGGCAUCAUGACUGCCAUGAGCACCAGGAUGGGCCAGAUGGUCAGCAGUGGGAUGGGCCUGGCCCUGAGCCGAUCCGAGGACUGGGUUGACCAGAACCUACCACUCACUGAGAGGGAGCUGGCUGCUGUGGCUGAACCUGCCCCCAGUGAGGUGACGACCCCGGCGCCCAGCCCCAGCUACUUUGUCCGCUUGGGGAAACUCUCUGCCAAAGUACAGGAGAGAGCCCUACAGCAGUCCCUGGUCCGAGCACGGCAUGCCAGGGAUGCCACCUAUACUACAGUGGCUCAGAUUACCAGUACGCUGGACCUGCUGGAGAAGGCCCGUACCAGUCUGGGUACCGCCAGUAACCAGAUAGGAGGAGCCUCAGAGCAGCUGCAGCAGCGUUGGACAGAGUGGCAGCAGAAGCAGGCUGGAGCUGGACAGACCGAGUCCCAGCCAGAUGGGAGCAGAGAUGAAGCCGAGCAGCUGGAAGGGCGAGUCCUCUCCAUGGUGCAUGGUCUGAGUGACCAGCUGAGAUCAGCAGCAACCAAUGUGGUCUCAACUGCUCAGGGUCUGCCGGGUACAGUCCAGGACCAGCUCACCAGCGCAAGGCGGUCAGCUGAAGAACUGUACUCCUCUCUGGGGAACACCAGCACCAUCACGCCCCUCCUUCUGGAGCGGAGCCGCCAUCACCUGAUCCAAGUUCAACAGUCUCUGGAUGGUGUUGUGGAUUAUCUACUAAACAACACACCACUCAACUGGCUGGUGGGACCUUUUGCCCCACAGCUGACUGAGAAGGCAGAGGGAGAUGUGGCGAUGGAGCAGAGCAACUAGACUUUUUAGUGUUUCUCCAUGAGUUAAUCAACAUGGUGACAGGUGACUGUUACUGUAGCUGGACCACUUAAAAAAACCAUAUCUGCUUGCUUUAACAAAAGAGGCCUUACAUUUGUGCAGUCAUGUUUUUCUUCAUGAUGCGCUAAUUUUUUUAAAGUAACACUACAUUUGUGAUGUAGAAGAUAAUGUAGUUUAAUCAUAACUACAAAGUCUGAUUUGUGGUCGUACAGAAUGUACAAGUAUGCACUAUGAUUUAUCCUAACAGAUAAAAGUAUUUUUACAUAUGUUGAAACCCAUACUAGGGUUGGAAAAACUUGUUUGUGCCUGAAAAGAAUUCAAAGCAUUCCCAGAACUAAGCCGAAUUUAUAUUGCCUGUCAACAUCAAGAUCACCUUAAUGCCCUAAAUUCCAUUUCGUGUGAAAAGAACAAAAGCAUGUGAAUUUAAUGGAACACUUCACCCCAGAAACAAAACAUACAUAUUUUCCCUCCUAAGGUUAAUUCAUCAAUCUAGAUUGUUUAGAUGUGAGUUCCUGAGAGUUGAUAAUAUCAGUCAUCUGUAUCUGUAUUCUCAAAUAUAAUUGGACUGAAUGGCAUUUCACUUGUGGUGCUCAAAGCUCUGAAAAACACAACAGCAGUGUCUCAUUCCUGAAAUCAUGACCCCGUUAUUCAAGAUAAUCCACAGACUUUUUAUUCUAUACGUAGCUUCAUGCAGAAGCUAUUUUCUUACUAGUAUAGUAUAGUUGAACACCACAACAUACAAGGAAUUUGACAUUUGACAAAUUUGACAAGACAAACAGUUAAACACAGGAUAAACAGAUCAAUAAGUUCAAGAAAAGGUGCACAAAUAAACAAUAAACAGAAAUGUACAUAUAUACAAAUAAUUAUGAAAAAGCAAUAUAUACAAGUAGUGGAUGAUUGGUCCGGUGUAUAUAUGGUGAGUAAUACACAUAUAUACUAUGCAUAAACAUAUACAUACAUAUAUUCAUAUCAGGGAUGGGCAACUUAAAUGCUGGAGGGAGCCACAAUUUUUCGCUGACACUACCACAGGGCCACAUACAGGACCGUACUCUUAACAAAUAUGAUGAAACUGCAAUUUCCGAUAUGUUAACAGUGCAGUAAUUUAACAUAUUUCAUGCUCAAAUGCAUGUAUGACAGUAUAGAUAGGAAUGCAAAAAGUUUAAAGCAAAUUAAAAAAAAAAACACUUGCAUUUUUACACUGCACUUUUAAGAUUUCAUGCUCAAAUGCAUGUAGUUGUACUGAGGGCCACUUCAAGUGAGGGUGCGGGCCCUAUGUGGCCCCCAGGCCUCCAGUUGCCCAUCCCUGAUUCAUACCAUUUUUGACAGAAAUAUCUAUUUUGUUAUUUUGGGGUGGUCCGUUUAAUGAAAUGUAAAGUUCAGUGUGUUCAUUUGUUUUUAGAUUUAGAUGUCUAAUUUCAGUAUUUCCUGCCUGAACCUUGAUGGGUUUAUGGACGCAGCUAAUGAACUGGCAAUGAGCUGACAUGUCAAUAACAAUAAAAAAAAAUUGACACAGCCCAGUGUUGGUGUCUU